AUGAGGAAGGAAUGCUCAUCAGCCUAAUUAAAUUUAUAUACAGCGCAUAGUUGUCGUUAGUAUUUUGGUGUUUCGUGUUCUGUAAUUAAAAACUUAAAUGGAUGCAAAACUGGUUAAUCAUUUUGUAUGGAUUAUAACCAUAACCAAUGUAUAAGUGAUGGAUAAAUUAACUUAAAUGGAGUAGAGUGUUUCUGGAAUGAAGAUAAAAGUACCUGUUAAGAACGGAUAUGUGCAAAUGGACCUUCAAAUGCCUCAUCUCAUUAAGAAUGUGCAAAUUUCCUUUCAACUUGUCAAAAAGGAGGGUGUCGUAUAAAAGGGUGUUUUGAUUACUAAUACGCAAUAGAUGCAUCUAUAUUUGAAGGUAAAAGGUGUGUAACAAAUGGGAUUCGAUGUGCUUUAAGAAAGGAAUGCAAAGAUAUAAAUAUAGAGGAUGGGUGUAAGUUUGAUAUUAAUUUAAAUCCUUGUGUUUGGAUUGAUGAAAAGUGCUAUUCUAAAACCUGCUAGACUGCAUAAGUUGCUCUCACUAAACAUGAGGACUGCAAUUCGUAUUUAUCAUAUUGCACAGUUAAAUAAGGGGGAGGAUGCACUAACAAGCAAAAUUGCAAGGAUUAUUAAAUAUAAGAAGCUUGCUUUACAGAUGGAGAGAAUUUUGAAUGUAUUUGGGAUGUCAAUUUAAGUAAAUGCUUCUCCAAUUAAUGUAUUCACUUUUGUGGCGAUGGCAUUGUUACAGGAUAGGAGGAAUAAUGUGAUGAUGGCAAUUACUUCCCAUAUGAUGGUUGUUAUCGAUGCUAAGUUUAAUGUCCAUAAGGAUGCAAUAAAUGUAUAUUAAGAAUGGUUGCCAUUACGAUAGCUUGUGGCUUAAAUAUUAUUAAUAAAUAAUUUACAUUAAUCACUUAUAAAUAAAAAUACUAGUUUAUGAUUUAACAAAAUAGUCUUCCUCUCUAAUAAUUCUAAUAUUUUUCAACAAAAAAUUUUGAGGACACUUUGUUUAACCAUUUCAUGUAUUUCGGUAUGUUGCAUCAGAUUAUGGCAAACCAUUAUCUUUAACUAUUCCGUUUGAGAUUCGAUAACAAUUUAUAUAUCUCCCUAUUUUGCCUACAGUUCCUAAUUUGA